AUGGCGACGCCCGAGCCACCCAAAGCUACCACCAAGGAGAGCCCACACAGGCCUACCACAGGUCGCUCACAAGCGGCGACGCGACAUGCGGGCAAGGCCCUGGGGCCCGUGCGCAAAGCAGCGCCUGCUGGAGCAAUCACGAGCCUGGGCGCAAGCAGGCCGAGGAGUGGCCCAAGUCGUUUGGAAGGGGUCGGAGCCGAUGGCAGGGCUUCUGGGUCGAUCCGCGCACCAGCGCCCCCUGGCAAGGCGGACCUGAAGUCGACCAGGCCCCUGAGCCCACGUCAGGUGCAAGAUGCAGCCUCCAGCACAGCCCAUCGACUGGGAGGCAGCAGGGCGUUGCCAAGAGCUGUGCGGAGUUCCCGGUACGACAACCAAAGGAAGCUGGAGGAUUUUAACCUUUUGCAGCUCAAGGGAAUGUACCAGGCCCUCACUGCAUAUGUAGAUGGAAAGUUAGGGGCGCUCGGCUUGGCCCGGUCCAUCAUCGAGGCGCUCUUUGACAGUGAGUUCAGAGGGGGAAAGCGCUGGGAUGUCAACAGUGCGAGCGCGGAACCCGCUGGACAGGGCGGCGACACCUUCGCUUGCGAAAAGAGCGCCGAAUACGACUGGAAAGACAUCUACUCUGUGGCAUCCGCCAAGGCACGAAUCCAUGUGACGCCGGAGCUCAUUAGUAUACACGACUACUCCUUCUACGUUGCUGGGUGA